AGCAUAGCUUUAGAGAUGCUGACACCUUUUCUUUUUUUUCCCCUUAAUUUGUUUAGAACUUACGCUAUCAGGAGGAUAAGAGAUGCCUUCAGAGAAAAUAAGAAUGUGAAAGAUCCUGUAGAAAUUCAGACUCUAGUGAAUAACGCCAAAAGAGACCUGGGAAUGAUUCGCCGACAGGUCCACAUUGGCCAACUGUAUUCGACUGACAAGCUUAUCAUUGAGAAUCAAGAAAAGCCCAAGACCUAAGGACCACCACCACCAGCCACCAUCAGCAACCAUGGACCACCUUCAGCAUCCACUCUGUGCUUAGGACUGGGGCUCCAAAUGGACCACGAGUGGCCUCUUGCAUCAGCUUAAAAUAAUAACCUCUUGCUCAGCCUGCCCUGUAGGAACUGAUUAAUUGAGUGAGGUUUCCAUUCUUCUGUGGCCUUAGUGAAAAGGGUGGCUGUCCCUCCUUGGUUCGAGUGUUAGAAUGAAGAGCUGGUGCUCACUCAGAAUAAUGGUGUGUAUCAUUGUGUCUCCUCUCCACCCACCCCUCUUUAGCAGCUCAUCACCUCUGUAGAGCAUCCCCAGACCUUGUUUCUUAGCCCUCAACAAUAAACAGGAUUGUCUCCCUAAGCCUGCUA